AAACCUGUGACGCAAGGCCAGCUUCAAUCAUCACCACGACAGCUGCGAGCAAUUUGGAGCUUCACAUGCCAUGACAACCUGCUCGCCGCGUGUUUGUCCUACUGCACACAAUAAAUAACAACAGAUCCCCUUCUGGAUUCUUAUCUGCCUGCUUCAGGGGCAUCUAUCACUCUGCGCUACCUCAUUUACCUCCGUCUCCGACAGACGUAGCUCCGCAUCUUCCGAGUACACGUACCUUACUCCCCCGUCUACCAUGCGCCUGGGGCAGUCUCGGAUUCACCGACGCCAACUCUCGAAUCUUUUCUGGGAACACUUGUUCUGAAGCAUUCCUCUUUACAUAAUACGACGCGGAGGACCUGUUACACAACUUGCUUUGUGGAGUUGCAAAAGACGAAAUGGAGGCGAGGAAGGUGAUCCCCGAGGUGCAGUGCAUCAACGGCGGUCUCACGACAACGGGCACCCUCAGACUGACUGACUUUCAUCUUGUCUUCUGCGCUCCUGUCCCGGAACCCAAGGAUACACCCGACUCGACGACCACUACUAGCGCCCCAAAGACUCGUGAAUCAUGGAUCAGCUUCACAAUGAUAUCGCAGUUCACCCUGCGUCCAACACCACCAACAUCCGGCAUUCCAAGUUCUAUUCGCCUCAAAGGACGUGAUUUCAUUUACGUCGCCUUCAAUUUCAUGGACGACAAGAUCGCGCGCGAAGUCUUCGAUUUCGUCAAGGUCAGGACCUGCAAGUUGGGAACUGUCCAAAAGCUCUACGCGUUUAGCCACAAACCUUCCAAACAUGAGCAGUCCGUCAAUGGGUGGGAAAUGUACGAUGCCAAAGCAGAGUUUCGAAGGCAGGGCAUUAGUGAAAAGUCGACAGACAAGGGUUGGCGCAUUACCUGGAUCAACAAAGACUAUAGUUUUUGCGACACCUACCCCGCCAUGCUGGUUGUUCCCUCUUCUAUAUCUGACAAUGUCCUCAAAUACGCAAAGGACUAUCGCUCUAGGUGCCGCAUCCCGGCGCUUUCCUAUAUUCACCCUGUCAACAACUGCACAAUUACACGCAGUUCUCAACCACUAUCUGGUAUCACUCGAAAGAACAACAUCCAGGACGAAAAACUCGUUGCAGCCUGUUUUUCAGCUUCACCACCUUACAAUGAAGGGGACCUUCCUCCCCCGCCAAGUCAAAUAGAUGCCAUCGAGGCUCAGUUGACCGACUCGGAGCGUUUCGAAGACAGCUUCCUUGCCAACACACCGAAUAUGUACGAUGAGAAGACAGGUCAGCGCCUCAUAUACGGCGCUCAACAAAGUAAUCUCAUUGUCGAUGCACGGCCAACCGUCAACGCCAUGGUCAAUCAGGUCCAAGGCAUGGGAUCGGAGCCGAUGGAUCGCUACCCAGGAUCACGGAAGGUUUUCCUUAGCAUCGAAAACAUCCACAUCAUGCGUAAUUCUCUUAACAAGGUCGUCGAAGCCAUCAAGGAUGCUGACAUUUCACCACUUCCUCCGAAUCGUGAACUGCUGGCGAACAGUGGCUGGCUUAAGCACACCAGGGCCGUUCUCCAGGGUGCGAGCCUCAUCACGAGACAGAUUGGAAUUUUCCAUUCCCACGUUCUAAUCCACUGCUCCGACGGGUGGGAUCGGACAAGCCAGCUCAGCGCGCUUAGCCAGCUGAUGCUUGACCCUUAUUACCGUUCCAUCGAGGGCUUUAUCGUUCUCAUCGAGAAGGACUGGCUCUCCUUCGGCCACAUGUUCCGCUUGCGAUCAGGACAUCUCAAUCAUGAAAGCAACUUCCAAAUUCAAAGAGACGCCAUGGCAGGCGCUACGGUUCAGCCUGGCGAGAAUGACGGCAGGGGUGAUGCUUUCCAGAGCGCAAUUGCUAGCGCGCGCCGCUUUUUCAACCAGAACAAGGAUGAUGCAGCCGAGCUCGACACGGCGCUUGAAGGUUCUACUGGCACUGUCGCAAAUGGCGAGGCGACUGAUCCUAAGAUGAUCAGUCCCGUUUUCCACCAGUUCCUUGACUGUGUCUACCAGCUGCUGCGCCAAAACCCCGACCGUUUCGAAUUCAACGAGCGGUUCCUUCGCCGUUUGCUGUACCAUCUCUACUCGUGCCAGUACGGCACCUUUCUGUACAACUCGGAGAAGCAGCGCCAUGAUGUUGACUUGUCACACAAGACUUCGUCGGUUUGGGGUUAUUUUCUCUCGAGGAAAGCUGAGUUCACCAACAAAGCCUACAACCCCACUGUGGAUGAUCAUACCAAGGGCCUUGAGCGCAUCAUUUUGCCCGUCCUGGACAACAUCCGCUGGUGGCACCAGUCGUUCAACCGGACCGACGAGGAGAUGAAUGGCGACCUGAAUGCUGCCGCUGCUGCUCAGCAGUCAAAGGCUUCAGCAAUGGCCAACUUUCAGCCAUCGACCGAGAUGUCUUACGCUCAGAGCCAACCAAGUACGCCUCCUAAAAGUGAUAGCCCCAAACCUCCUGGGCUCCCCACCAGCCAGUCGGUCCUCAGCGCGGUUGAGACCGCUCAUACGACUCUGACGCCAGAGCCCCGUGCUCUGCACAGAAGUGCCUCUGCUGAGGGCGCCAACGGUAACGCGUUUUCGGCCAUUCGCAGUGGCAUCGCUGGCAACAUUGGCAGGGGCAUGAAUGCCCUAAGCAACUUGGGCAACCGCGGCACAUCACCGGGCCCAUCGACGGCGACGGCGACGCGCACCGAGCAGGAACUGCAUAGCCUGACGUAGGGCGUCAUGUUCGAGCGAAUGCACGAAGCGCCCUACGAGCUCCUCAAUCACCCGCGCGACCUUUUGGACGACAAGUGCUCGUGCACCGAGGCCACCACAGCCUCCUCCCACAUAUGGGAGUACGCACACGGCACGUCAGGGUGGGGAACGCAAGGCGAGAUCGACUUUAACAUUACCAGUCUACCCAACUCACCCGACAACUCGCGCCCCCCAUCGUCCUCGGAUGUAGAUGUUGGCGCCGGCUAUUUCAGCAGUGGUGAUGGGGUCUCCUCCCUUCAAGUCUCCAGAUUGCAGAUGGAUCAGUCAGGCAUCAGCACUUUGUCCGGUAACUUUCUCGUGUCUUCCGGGGAGGAUUUGCCAUCUCGAGACAACGGGGUGUCUCUUGAUUGAGUUGUCCGACAGUAUCAGCCUCUGUGAUGCGCAGCUGGCUGGUUUGCAGGCAAGCAUCACAAUACGUCGCCACAAGCCAGGCCUCGUCAAAAGUACUACCACGUAGGGGCAUGGCUGUUUUGUCCAACUUUUGCUUUUUGCUUCGUCUACAAUUUUUUGGGGGUCAUGCAGGGGCUGGUGGCCUAGCUCUGCGUGCCACGCAGGCCCGGAUGGUUCGGUCGUUUAUUACUAAAGACUUCAGUAGAAGCACAUGGAGAAUGGCGUUCAGGACUUAUUUUGGUAUUGCUACCAGUGGCGAGGAUUCGCGUGAAGAGGUGGUGGGUUGACAUUUGCUACGAACUGGGUUGGAUUCAGCUUCCAUAGGCGGGCGUCAUCGAUGCGCGCUUCAUUGACGCCACGCAUCACAAUGACCAUCAUGAUAAGAC